AUGGCCGCCCUCGCUGUGUCCGCCUCCAUCUCCGCCAGCGCCUUCUGCGGCCAGAAGCUUGCUGUGAAGAACAAUGUGAAGGCUGCCCCCGCCAAGGCCGUUAGGUUCACCGCUCCCCGCGCCAAGUACGGCGAUGAGAGCGUGUACUUUGACCUGAAGGACCUCGGCAACACCACUGGUGCCUGGGACCUGUACGGCAACGAUGGUGCUUCCCCCUACAAUGGCCUUCAGGCUAAGUUCUUCGAGACCUUCGCCGGCCUCUUCACCAAGAGGGGAAUUCUCCUGAAGGUGCUCAUCCUCGGCUAUGCUGGCGCCAUCGCGAAUGAUGUUCGAGACAGGAGUUACAGGGUCUUCGCGCAGCAUUUCUUCGCUUCCGGUGGACCACUCCCCUCCGUUACUGGAUCACCUUCGCAUUUCGCGAGAGUCGCAAGACAUCGACGGUCCGCCAGUACCUACGCGUCGCUGGCUGACGUGCACGCCGUCGGCGCAUCCGCAAGCAGACCAGACGCGUCAGAUGACGUCACGGCUGAGUACCUCGAUCCACUGUUCAUUCCCGAGCUAGAAGUUGUCGAGGUCGCAGUGGCUGGGCGCGUUGUGAGGGUGGUUCAGCCUCGUUGCCUGGACACGGUGCUUGACAUGUACAUUGCCAGAGAGGCGGAGUCCGGCGAGCACAAGGACCCCUAUUGGUGCCAGGUGUGGCCUUGCGCCCAGGCCAUGUUCCGACAGGUUCUUGCGCACCCAGAGACAGUGCAGGGCCAGCGUGUUUGUGAUCUGGGUGCUGGAAUAGGCAUUGCUGGUCUGGCAGCAUUGAUGGCAGGGGCUCGUGAAGUGGUGUACUUCGACCGUGAGCCUCUUGCUCUUCUCUCCUGCCUCCUCACAAGCAUCGUUAAUGCUCACAACUUUCCUCAGUACACCUCUUCUCAGUCUCGCCCCUGUUUCCCAUCCUUACGGUUGCUCCAACAAUGGCUGACAUCAGCACAGCAGUCAGGUGCCUUGAAACACCUUCUCUCUCUCAUCGCCCUUCCUUCCUACCACCUCCAGCACCGCCACGUCAGUAGGGAUACACAAUUCACCGAAUCCCCUCUGGACCACAGUCAGCUUUCAGGCUCCUCAGAUUUGUCUCACCUUCAUCUGCCUGCUCUCGAGGGUUCGCAAGUGUCAUUGAAUGGGGCUGUCCUUAUCACAGAAACGGCAUCUAUUUCUGCUGAAGUGCUUGACUGGUCCGACGGAGACUACCACGGAGAGAAAUUUAACACGGUACUAGCAUGUGAUGUCCUUUAUGACAGCUCUGCCUCGUCACUUCUACCAAGACUGCUGCCAAACCUGCUGCGGCAAUCGAGUUGUGCAAGUUCUGAUUCCCGCCACGUUAUUGUGAUGGACCCCACAAAUCGAUUUCCUGCCAACAGGGAGGUUUUUCUGCGUCAAAUGUCUACUGCGGAGUCAUUGGAUAAGAGUGUAAGGCUACGUUUGAGAAAUACAACAUCAACAAGCAUAGAAUCUGAUGGUACUAAUAUGCCUGUCGAGGUGAUUCAUUAUUCUGGCUGA